UCAGAUCCGAUGCACGGCCCGCGGCGUCUGGAGGUCGUUGACCUUCAGUCCCGACAGGUGACGCUGCGCUGGGAACCCUUUGGCUACAACGUCACCCGUUGCCAUAGUUACAACCUGACGGUGCAGUACCGGUACCGGCCAGCGGGGGCGCCCGGCAGGGCGCCGGUGCAGGAGGACGUGGUCUACGACAGCCUGAGCGCGGCGCCGCAGCACGCCCUGCGGAACCUUCCGCCGUUCACCAACGUCAGCCUGAGGCUCGUCCUGAGCAACCCCGAAGGACGGAGGGAGAGCGAGGAGCUGCUGGUGCUGACGGAGGAGGACG